AUGAUUCCCUCCCAGAAGCUCAUCGCCGCCAUCGCCGCAGCCCUGGCCACCGCCUCCGCAAACCCCGUCGAGAACCCCGACGCCGUCGAACCGCGAGCGGCACCAUUCACGGGGGACCUCACCUUCUACGAGCCGGGGCUCGGCGCAUGCGGCGUGACCAACGAUAACGGCGACAACGUCGUGGCCGUCUCGCAGCUCCUCUUCGACCAUAAGACCCCCGGCGGCAACCCCAACAAGAACCCGCUGUGCGGCCGGAAGAUAAACGUCCAUCAUGGCGGCAAGACGCAGCUCUUCACGGUCCAGGACCGCUGCACGGGGUGCAAGUUGCAUGACCUCGAUGCGACGGUGACCUUCUUCGAGAAGUUUACUAGCCCGGAUAAGGGACGGAUUCCGAUCACUUGGACCUGGGCCUAG